ACAAGCGGGUACUGGCAUACGGGAACAAAACACCAGCGAAACAAUGGCAUCUGACCAUCAACCUCCAGCCACUAAACAACAACAACCUAACUCAAAGAUUAUUAUCUUUGAGCAAGAAAACUUCCAAGGCCGCUGCCAUGAACUCAGUGGACCCUGUACAAAUCUGAAAGAGGCUGGCAUGGAAAAAGUCGCCUCAAUCCUCGUGCACUCUGGACCCUGGGUAGGAUAUGAACAACAAAACUGCAAAGGAGAACAAUUUGUCUUUGAGAAGGGUGAAUAUCCCCGCUGGGACUCCUGGACAAACAGCCGAAAAAGUGACAGCAUCUCUUCCCUGAGACCAAUCAAAGUGGACAGCCAGGAGCACAAGAUUGUCCUAUAUGAAAACCCAAACUUCACUGGGAAGAAGAUUGAGAUAAUUGACGAUGAUGUCCCCAGCUUUCAUGCUCAUGGCUACCAGGAAAAAGUGUCUUCUGUGAGAGUACAAAGUGGAACGUGGGUUGGCUAUCAGUAUCCAGGUUACAGAGGAUACCAGUACCUGUUUGAGAAGGGGGAUUAUAAGGACAGCACAGACUUUGGCGCCCAACACCCCCAGAUCCAGUCUGUGAGGCGCAUUCGUGACAUGCAGUGGCACCAGAGGGGAGCCUUCCACCCUACCAGUUAA